AUGUUCUACGCCUCAUCAGAACAACUUCUAAGCCUGCCCGUGCCCGGACCAGGGCCGCCGUUGCGUUUCCCGGAAUGUUGGACCUCCCGAGAACACACCCUUCCCAGUCCUGCACUCGACUUCUUAUCGCCGCCGCCGCCGCCGCAGCUGCACCCAAACCCUAUUUUUCCAGCUGCUUCAACCAUGAGCUUUGGAGCGCCCUGUCCCCAUGGCCUUGUCCGGUUUCGUGGUGAGAUUGUCCUCACAUACAUGGAGUUCCAGUUGGACAGCGGAGAAUACUGCCAGGCUCAGCACAAAUAAAGUGGCUGUGUAAACCAAGCAAUUUUUGGGUGGAAAGAGCAGCCAAUCAGUUCUUCACUGCACCAUUCCAUACACACUAAACACCAACCAUCAUAAGAAACCGCACCGGCAGUGCUAUCUGGUGAGCCCUGCUGGAAAACAACUCACCUUUGUCUCUCAUUUCAAUGGGCUGAAGUUGGUGCUUGUUUAUUUUGGAUAUUGGAACCACCUUGACUGUGGGCACUGCAGAACUGCAGGAAGAGGGAGAGGAAUCGCAAAGAGGAGUAGUUAAGUAGAAUUGACGGAAAGCAGCAGGUCUCCAUUCGGGCACAGGACUGGGUGUGGGGAACAGAGUUGAACAGAGUGUGGAUUAUUUUCCGGGCCCAUCAGGUUGCCAAAUUCGGUGCGCGUUUUAUUUCCAGAAAAUAGAGAGAGAAAAAUGUGAAAUUCCGAGUGUGUAUGUAUAUGCGCAUAUCUUGAUUAUAUGAGAUACAUAAUAUAUAUAUUUUUUGUUAUUGGUGUUGUAUAAGAAACUGUUGCUGUUUCUAUCUACGUGUGUGAUAUAGCUAGAGAUUAGUCCUCAUUACCUAGGCUUUAUAAAACUUAAGUUUCCAGUUACCCAGUUUGUUGAAAGCAAUUCCAUACAGGCAAAGUUGGUAAAUUAAUCUCCUUUAAUGUGCUAAAGUGUAUGUACUCUGGCAGACAGUCUAAUUUUUCGUUUUGUUUCUUUUUCUCUACUAGUUCACUUGCUCUGCCUACAUUCUUGCAUAUCAAGAAGGAACAGGACUGUUUGAACCUUCAUGGAAAUAUAAAUUCUAAUAAGUAUAAGUUAAACAAGAUCUGAUUUUUUUUUUUUAUUUCUUAUGUCUUUUGUUUCUGGUUUCACAUAAAGACUUUUGUUGAGAAGGAUAUUUUGUUUGUGUUCAUUUUGGUUUGCUUGGAGAAAAUUGAUAAUACGUAGCAAUCAAAAGUGCACACAUUCAACCUAUUUUUGUAUAAGAAUUGGAGUGCAUCAGUCAGACUUUUUGGUUGUUAUCGAAGAUCAAGAAGACUUUUAUUAUAGACAAACUAAUUUUCUGCCUGUGUAUCGUCAGUGUUCAAGAAUUAUUAAUUUUUCUAAUCUCCUGAAGUCAACUUUUUCUGUGUUCACUUGCUUAUUAUUAUCAUCAUACUUCGGUUGUCGUGAAAUGUCAAUGACUUCCAGCAACAUGAGGCUUAAGGACAUUCGACCUGCUCCCUGCGAAAUUGAGUACAAGAACAUGAAAUUCCUCAUUACUGAUCGCCCCACAGACCAAAACAUCCACAACUACAUCCAGGAAUUGAAGAAACACAAAGUGAAGGAUGUUGUGAGGGUGUGUGAACCAAGUUACCAAAUUGAGGAAUUGCAGAAUGAGGGAAUUCGUGUGACUGAUCUGGAAUUUGAUGAUGGUACCCCGCCUCCUGGACAGGUUGUGGAAGAAUGGUUUGAGCUGCUUAAAAACAGGUUCCGGGAGGCCCCAGAUUCAUGUGUGGCAGUACACUGUGUGGCAGGCUUAGGAAGGGCUCCUGUGAUGGUGGCUCUUGCCCUUAUAGAACUGGGCAUGAAAUAUGAGGAUGCUGUGGAAUUCAUUCGAAGGAAGCGUCGUGGCGCUAUAAACGCCAAGCAGCUUGCCUAUUUAGAGAAAUACCGUCCGAAGUCACGCCUUAAGCUGAAGAAUGGCCAUAGAAAUGUAUGCUGUCUGCAGUAGGCAUCACACCAAUUGAACAUGAACAUCCAACCAGUUAUGUCUCUGGGAAAGAAGGUGGACCAGCGAAGAUUACUGAUAUAGUUACUUGUAUUUCAUUGGGAUGUGUAAUAAGUUGAAAUGAUCCCUGCAUUACAAGAACAACUUAGCUUUAAUAUUUCAUUUAGCUUUUAAGUUUUUAUUUACUUGGCAAUUACUAAAAUAUGAAAAUGAAAUUUCACCUGUCACUCCAUAUGCUAAAAAUUUGACUGAUGCAAGUUUUCUGUGGAAAAAAGAAAAAAAGUUGAAGUUACCGAAACCUUGUGGUUGAGUGGUGGAUAUUGAAGAGAUUUCUGUAGCAGAAAUAUUUUAAUCCUAGUUUCUUCCUUGUUGGGAGAUUUAAUGAAAUUUUAUUGUAAUGAGUUGUCAGCUUGUCAGUUCAUAAAGUAUUUCCAUGUAUAUUUCAAAACAUAAAAUAAAAUAAUAAAAAUAAAAUCACAAAAAACCACUGCCGUUGUCACAUCAGGUCAUGAAAUACAGAUGGAAUGUGUUCCAAAACUUCAGGUUAUAGAUAACUGUUUUGCAGCAUUUCCUGUUCUGCAUUAGUAUAUGCAGUGUUCAAUGUUAGUAUGUCCAAAUGUUUAAACUAAUUAAAUUUUGUUUUUAACCUACAGGGCAGUGUCUUUGUUUGUGAUUUAUGUAACUCCAGCCCGCUGGCAAUUUUCCAAAUGGCUCUUAUAGAUAUUGAAAUGCAUAGUAUGUGUAAGUGAUAAGGUUAGAUUGAGCAGUGUUCAUUGAGAAACAUCCAUCUAAAGCAUGGAGCCUAUUUUAUUUUAAUUUUCUUUAAGUUAAGAUUAAGGAAACAAAAAAAAAAAAUAAUGUAGAUGUUGAAAUCAGGGAAAGUUGUUUGUCAAUAGGUUGAGUUAUUCAAUCUGUGAGUACUUUCAUGUUCAUAAAAUGUGAUUACUUAUUUUAAGUUUUGUGCUACUAGUAAUGAAGAUUCAGGCUUUGUGAUUGUAUGUUAGAAGCAUUGGAGAUAAAAGUUAGUUAAGACUAAUAGUUACAUACCAAACCGAAACUCAAUGGAGCAGCUAUGGACUGGUUGCAGUAUGUUGCAACCUUGUUAUUGUGCCCUAGUGCCUUAACAGAGCAUUUGUGGACGUGUUUGAUGAUGGAACUGCACCAGCUCAUAGCCAGUAGCUCUCAAUAGGAGCUGCUUUGCUGCUCGCAUAGACCUUGUUUUUGAGUAUGUUUAUUACUUCUUUUUACUCGAUAGAAAACCUGGCCUACAGUAAAUGUUAACUUUUUGCAGUUUCAUUUUGUACAAGGUUUGCUCUACCACCUAAAUUCAAAUGUGUAAAUUUUAUGCUGCUACUUCGAAAUUUCUGCCUGUCCGACAACGUCAGCUGCAUGGUAUAAUACAGUGUAGACUUUCCUCGGAGCAUCAUAACUUGUUGAAGUUUUGUUGCAGCUGGCUGAAUUUUCAUUAAGCUUAAAUAUAAUUAAGUAGUGCCUCUGUUAAUCAGUCACUUUUUUAUUGCUUUUUGUUUUAAUUUUCAAAUUGUAUUUGCUAUAUGUUGGUACUACAUUUGAAUUUUAUGAACCUGCUGAUUAGGGACAGAAUGGAAAAGAUACGAUGUCUUCUGCUAUUUUAAAAUAAUAAACUGGAUUUCUGGAUUAUUGUUCCUUUCAUUGCUAUACCUGUGAAUAUCUUGAUGUUGCGACAAAUGCUCACUAGGAGCAUAACCAUAGAAAUGGUUUCAAUGUGUUCAUGGAAAACAAUAAUGUUAUGUAAAUUUAUUGAUGUACUAGUCUUGUGCAAGUACAUUAUUGAUAGCACAUAGGGGAACAUCGCACACUUCAAACUGCUUUUUGAAUUGUAAUUUGUGUUGCAUAUCCAUUAAUAAAAUUUUGGAGAGUGGGGGUGGGGGAUGAAAAUUGGUGCAUUCCAGUAUUGAAUGUGAUGUAAUAACUUUCUGGUGAAUGUAAUAUACAAAAUGAUUGUAUGGGAAAAUUCUUUGAAAUUGCUCUUUUUCUGUAUUUUGACACUUUCAGAAGGUUUAAUCAAAUUUUUGGUGUGUGAUGUGCCCUAAUAAAUUGUAAUGACUUUGAAAAAAAAAAAAAAAAAAAUUA